GCGGAAGUUGCUCUCGUGAAAAUAGAGCAAGCAAAUCGACUGAAACUACAACUUCUUCUUCAAAAUCAAAAAGAAACACUAAAAACCCAAGGAAAACAGCAAAGGGAGAGUUUAGCCGAAGCUCAUCGGGCAAGACUAGCACUAGAAGCAACAGCGGGAGUGACUCGUAAGCUGAAGAAAAUAGAACAAAUGCAAACUCAAACAAAGGCGAACGAAAAAGAACUAGGAAAUAUAGUUAACCAGAAAAGGAAGAAUCUAG